AUGUCUCGAGCAAACCCAGCAGCUGCAGUGGUGGCUGCGGCGGCUGCUGCUGCUGCCGGUGAUGCCCCUUCGCAUGCAACCAAUGGAGCUACGCUGGCGUCUGGGCCAAAGAGACGGACGACCAUCACCACGCCCUCUGGACAGUGGGCACUUGGCAAAACAAUCGGAGCUGGCAGCAUGGGCAAGGUUAAGCUCGCGAAGAACCUCGAGACAGGAGAGCAGGUUGCCGUGAAAAUUAUCCCUCGUCACACCAACGAUGAGCAGCGUAGCACCCGAGAGAACGAACGGGCUGACCGUUCAAAGGAGAUACGCACCGCCAGAGAGGCGGCCAUUGUCACCCUCCUCAAUCAUCCGUACGUCUGUGGCAUGCGAGAUGUCGUGCGGACCAACUACCACUGGUACAUGCUCUUCGAGUAUGUCAACGGCGGCCAGAUGCUCGACUACAUCAUCUCCCACGGCAAGCUCAAGGAGAAGCAGGCUCGCAAGUUUGCCCGCCAGAUUGCAAGCGCUCUAGACUACUGCCACCGGAACAACAUCGUCCACCGAGACCUCAAAAUAGAGAAUAUCCUAAUCAGCAAGACCGGUGAUAUCAAAAUCAUCGACUUUGGCCUCAGCAAUCUCUUCUCCCCCAAGGGCCAGCUCAAGACCUUCUGCGGCAGUCUCUACUUUGCUGCUCCAGAGUUGCUCCAGGCUCGUCAAUACACCGGACCAGAAGUCGACGUCUGGAGCUUCGGUAUCGUGCUCUACGUUCUCGUCUGCGGCAAGGUCCCCUUUGACGACCAGAGCAUGCCUCAGCUUCAUGCUAAGAUCAAGAAGGGCGUCGUCGAGUACCCUCCCGGCCUUUCUUCAGUCACUGACCCAAAGCAGAGAGCCAGCCUCGCUGAAAUCAUGCAGCAUCCUUGGAUGACCAAAGGGUACAGCGGUGUACCCGAAAACUAUCUCCCGCAACGAGAGCCUCUGAAGCUCCCGCUAGACCAGGAGGUAGUCAAGAAGAUGACUGGAUUCGACUUUGGACCCCCCGAAUUUAUCUCCUCCCAACUCACCAAGAUCGUCGAGUCUGAUGAAUACCAACUCGCCAUCCGAAGCAGCGCCAAAGAACAGCAGCAAAGCCUAAACGCUGCAAACGAAAAGCGACGAGGCGUCUUUGACUUCUAUAAACGCCGCAAUUCAAUGAGCAAAGAUAACCUGAGCAUCACCCCUUCGUUUGAAGCCAUGCAUUCGUUUGGUGACCCUUCCUGCGGGUUCCAUCCACUCAUCUCAGUGUAUAAUCUUGUUAAAGAGAAGCAAGAUAGAGAGAAUCCCCAACUUCACCCUGGUGGCGUUCCUGGACCCGUGGAUCCCUCGCUCAAGCAGCUGGAUCUCCCCAUGCCUGAAGCUGCCUAUACUAACCAAAACGCCUUUGAAGUCCCCGGAGAGAAGGAUACUGGUGGAAGAUCUCGUCCGCGUGCCAGGACACACGGAGACGACGAUAUCACUGAAGGUAUCAAGAACCUGGCGGUGUCUAAACCACCUGUCCACCACGCAGCAUCUCCCACCAUCAUCACUCCGGCUGAAGCUGCACCGCCAAAGAAGGAGAGUGCCGCUGCUGGCCUGUUGAGACGUUUCAGCACCAGACGAACCAAGGACAGAGGCCGUGAAACGGAGAGAGAGAAAUAUCCAGCCCACCAAGCCCCGUCUGCUCACGCUCACUUGGCUGAAGACCUUCUUGCGCCCAGAAAGAGCUUCAGUGUGCGGAGGUCAAGACGUGGAGAGGCAGCCCCGGGAAACCUACACCCCAGCGGGAGCCAUUCCCAGUACCCCGAUAUUCCUCAUGGAUCAAAUCCAGGACUCUCCCCUUCCCGAGCUAACAAUUUCCUUGCAAGAUCAACCAGCGUCAACUCGGGUGAAAACCGUAUCCGAAGGAACAACAGGAGAGGGCCCUCAGGCUACCUCUCUUCUCCGCCAAACGAACUGGCAACUGGCUCAGACCAGUCUAACCUACACGUCCAACGGACGACCAAGGCUGGCAGCGAACAGCCUGCAGAGACCAAGCAUGCCUACCCUCCCCAAUCUAGGACCAAGUCCUUGGGCCACGCGAGACAUGAGAGCGUCCAGGUCCGCCGCUCCCGACGCGAGGAAGCAAGGGAAGCCCAAGUUCCCGAGGAGACUGACAACGAGCUUCUCGAAGGUCCAAACGCCGUGGCAGGCACUGGAGAAGAUCUAUCAAAGCCCGUCUACCUAAAGGGCUUAUUCAGCGUCUCUACAACCAGCAGCAAGCCUCUACAAUUCAUCCGUUCCGACAUCAUUCGUGUUCUCAAACAGCUGGGCGUCGAAUACGUUGAGAUCAAAGGUGGUUUCAGCUGCCGUCAUGCCCCGAGCAUUGACCUCAACCGCGUUGUCGACGCCAACCCCCCAAGCCCAGAGAGACAAGGCCCCGUUUCAGGCCAUCGCCGCCGCAUCAGCUUUGCCGGACUCCGAGCCCAUGCCACAGGCGAAGAGUCGCAAGACCACAAACCAUCGCCCCCAUCCACCAAGGCGUCACGUCGUAGCACCCAACGGCCCCCUGAUCAAAGCUUCAUCACCAACUCUGAGGGAUCAGAUGAAUACGUUGCUCCCCGUGACAGCACUGCCGGCGGAGAACGCGUGGUAGGCGAGACCACGACCAAAGUCCAAACCGAUACUGGCGCAAACCUGGUCCUGCGCUUUGAGAUCGUCAUUGUCAAAGUCCCCCUAUUCUCUCUACAUGGUAUCCAAUUCAAGAAAGUAUCUGGAGGGAUGUGGCAAUAUCGGGAAAUGGCAAAGAAAAUCCUAGAUAAUCUCAGGCUAUAA